CUGCGCAGCGGGAAGCCUUGCUCCCGGAGUUCUGCGUCUCUUCCCAGCGCGGCCGAAGACCCCGGACCACUCCGGACAAUGGCGGCAGUCGAAGUACUGAAGAUUGGUAAAAAACUCUAUGAGGGUAAAACAAAAGAAGUCUAUGAAUUGUUGGAUAGUCCAGGAAAAGUCCUCCUGCAGUCCAAGGACCAGAUUACAGCAGGAAAUGCAGCCAGAAAGAAUCACCUUGAAGGAAAAGCUGCAAUCUCAAAUAAAAUUACCAGCUGUAUUUUUCAGUUGUUACAGGAAGCAGGUAUCAAAACUGCUUUCACCAGAAAAUGUGGGGAGACAGCUUUCGUUGCACCGAAGUGUGAAAUGAUUCCAAUUGAAUGGGUUUGUAGAAGAAUAGCAACUGGUUCUUUUCUCAAAAGAAAUCCUGGUGUUAAGGAAGGAUAUAAGUUCUACCCACCUAAAGUGGAGAUGUUUUUUAAGGAUGAUGCCAAUAAUGAUCCACAGUGGUCUGAGGAACAGCUAAUUGCUGCAAAUUUUUGCUUUGCUGGACUUGUUAUAGGACAAACUGAAGUGGAUAUCAUGAGUCAUGCUACGCAGGCUAUUUUUGAAAUACUGGAGAAAUCCUGGUUGCCCCAGAACUGUACACUAGUUGAUAUGAAGAUUGAAUUUGGUGUUGAUGUAACCACCAGAGAAAUUGUUCUUGCUGAUGUUAUUGAUAAUGAUUCCUGGAGGCUCUGGCCAUCAGGAGAUCGAACCCAGCAAAAAGACAAACAGUCAUACCGUGAUCUCAAGGAAGUAACUCCCGAAGGGCUGCAGAUGGUAAAGAAGAAUUUUGAGUGGGUUGCACAAAGAGUGGAGUUGCUUCUGAAACCAGAAAGUCAGUGCAGGGUUAUAGUAUUGAUGGGCUCAACCUCUGAUCUUAAUCACUGUGAAAAAAUUAGGAGGGCUUGUGGAAAUUUUGGCAUUCCAUGUGAACUUAGGGUCACCUCUGCCCAUAAAGGACCAGAUGAAACUCUGAGGAUUAAAGCUGAGUAUGAAGGGGAUGGCAUUCCUACUGUAUUUGUGGCAGUGGCAGGCAGAAGCAAUGGUUUAGGGCCGGUGUUGUCUGGUAACACUGCAUAUCCAGUUAUCAGCUGUCCUCCUCUCACUCCAGACUGGGGAGCUCAGGAUGUGUGGUCUUCUCUUCGAUUACCCAGUGGUCUUGGCUGUCCGACCAUCCUUUCUCCAGAAGGAUCAGCUCAGUUUGCUGCUCAGAUAUUUGGAUUAAAUAACCAUCUGAUCUGGGCCCGACUGCGAGCAAGUGUAUUAAACACAUGGAUUUCCUUGAAGCAGGCUGACAAGAAAAUCAGAGAGGCCAAUUUAUAAGAAAGAACAUCACUGCAUUUUUUUAGGAGGAAAACUAUAAUUUUCUAGUCAGCUGCCCACCCCCCCAAAAAAUCAAGAUGAAAAGAUUUUAGAUCAUUGAGAGAAAAAUAAAAUUUGUAAGUGAAUAAAUGCUUUUCUCGAUUCAUGGAUUAGUAAAAUGUGUACAUAUUUAUUAAUGUCUCUUUAUAAGUAGUGAAAUUACUAUACAUUCAAAAUUAAUCUGUUACCCACAUAUGGUCAUUGUUAGGUAGACAGUAUAAUUAAUUAUAUUUAUUAAAUGCUAAUAAUGUCCUAUUACAGAGCUCUAAAGUUAUUACUUGACUUUCUACAUCUCAGCCCAUAAGUUUUAGAAAUGUAAAAUGGUUGUAUCUUAGAAAGGGUGGUUAAACACAAUACAGGCCUUUUUCACAGUAUGAUCUUAACAAAAUUCUAAGGGCAUGGUUUUUUAUUUGCAGUCACUAUGUCAGAAAAUGAUGUUGUAUUUAGCUAUAAGUAGAGAUGAAGUCUGGGUUUGAUACUGCAUUUUUUUGACCAAAGCCGAGAUUGAUGCUGGAGCUAAGACAGACAUAAAUAAGAUGAAGGGGCACUGAGGAAGCCAUAUAGAGAACUCCAUUAAGUGUUAAGGCAAUUUCCAAUGGGAAAAAAAGUAGUUACCUUUGUCAUUGCCAAUGAAAGAUUUAAUAACUCUUACAAGGCUCUGUAGGUCAUAAAAUUCUUUUCAUUCUAAUAUAUAUUGUAUUCAGACUAACAAUUCCCAGCCUACCAUCAUUUUCAGAAAUUGGAAUCUCCCAGUUAAUGACCAUAACUAGUUUCUUUCUUGUUCAUAGUAUUAAGCCUGGGCAGUAUACCGAGCAAAAUGCACCUCUAAAGGAGCAGUUGUUACUGAAAAGUAUUACAGUUCAUCAUGAGUCUACAAACCAUAUUUGGAAGUCAGUAUUACAUUAUGCAGCCUUGGGAAUUUAACAGAUCAUUAAAAGUUUUAUCCAAGUGUCCACACAGCCCUUAAGCUUGCAUGUAAAAAUUUAUGUAUAUGUUCACUUUGAAAAGAGGGCAGUUUUUACCAAUUAAUCUGUGUCCCUUCCUACCCACCCACCAGCCCCCAGUGCUGAGUCUCCACUACAAAUGAAAUCCUGAAAACUUUUGCCACUGGCCUGCACUGUGCUUUUUCACCUUCCUCUCAACUGUUAACAAGCUAGCAUCUUAUCACUUAUUUAACAUGAUCUCUUUAGGGUAUAACUGACCUGAUUAUUCCUUUUCUUUGGCUAGACACCAAAUUGUUCCAACCUCAGUCUUGAUCAUUCCUCAUAUAUUACUUUUUAUUUAAUUAUUGGUAUUUCCUGCUGUUCAGUCCAUUGUUUACAAAUAGUACUAGAAUAAUCAUCUUUAUAGUGAAUGUCUGUAGACUUGUAUUUUCAGCUUUCCAUUUCCCUCUGAAUGCUCCAAACUUAACCCAUCUUCCAAGCCUAUAGCUGGCUAUACUCACUGUCCCAAAUCAGAAGCUUAAUUUUAUCCUUGAUGGUUUUCUCUGACCUUUCAUUUUUAACUCAUCACCAAGUCUUGAAUUUACCAUUUGCCCAUCAUCUACAAAAAUCUCAAGCAAGGGUCAAAUUCUGUUAUUAGCCUGGUCUAGAAGAUCUUCAUUCUCAACCUAACCUUUUUGAAGAUUGUCCAAGGACUUAAAACACAAACUCUUAAAUAAGUUUCUUUUGCAACAUAGACUCCUUUGAAAAUAAGAAUGCUGCUGAUCCUCUGUCUAGAAAAUUGCACAGAAUUUCUCAGUGUGUUCCACUGGUUCCUGGGUUCCCUUGAAAUCUGUCCAUAGUCUGUAGGUUAAGAAUCACUGAUGUAACCUAUCAAGGGAACUUGCUUUUCUCAUAGUUUUCAGACUUAGAAUGUCCUCGUGUGUCAUUAAAAUCGAGUUACUAGGGCUUCACCUUCACUGUCUGCGUUAAACCUUCCCUAAUAAGCCUUCCUCUAGCCACAAUGGCUGCAAAUACUUUCUCUGUUGGAUUUAAGUUCCCAAAGAGGAGAAAAUAUAGUUUUACAGUUUGUUUGCCUUAUGCUCUGAUGUGCUAUGCCUAGCUGUCUGCUAGAAAUGGGGGAAUUGUAAAAAUCAUGUCCUGCUUAGUUUUCUAUCUUAAGUUAGAUCACAUUAGAUCACAAGAGCAAUUAAAAAGAUUUUAUCUGAACAUCUUUGAACUUGGGAUUCUUAAGAUCUCUGAAUAGUUGUUAUAUUUGUUGGCUGCUAUUUCAGCUCUUCUGUCCCACCUAGCAAAAGCUCUGUCCUUGUGCAGUACAUAAAAAUGUCAAACAUUGAGACUGGUGUGCAGGACUGACCUUUAUUAAUGGGUCAUAAUAAUGUUCACCAUUAGUUUCUUAAUAGAGUACAUAUAUCCUCAAUAGUAUAGUUCAUCAGUGCUAGAGUAAAUACUUGUUUAAAAGUAUUUUAACUGUGUUCUAAAAAGUAACUUACACAAACCUACCUGGUUUGCCAUCUUUGGAUGUUUAGACUUUGUGGGCUUGUAGUUAAAAAGAGGAAGAAAAAUUGUGUCCAAAUAACUCACUAGUUUAUAUCAUAAAGCCACACUUAAAAUUGCUGUUGCUUUAAUGCCUUCUGAAAUGUAAACAAUGCAUCCAAAUAAAAGACAAAGAUAA